UGGUAUGUAGCUAUACUCAAAAACUUUGACACAAGAAAGGUACGUGGGAAAAAGUGUUUGGUCGGUUCUGUCGAAGAGGGUUAGCUGAAGGCAUGGGAGACGAUAAUGAAGAGGAGAGCUGCAGUAUAUCCCCGAGCCUGGUUUCACUCGGUAGCGAGAUCAAGGCCGGGAUGCAGCAGUUUUUGAAGGAAAGGACGGAGGCCAACAUGUGGACGGCUGUGCUGAUUGGAGCUGUGACAGUUGUUUCUGUCCUUGGCGUUGUUGUGCUCCUUCUUUACAGAAGAUACAAACUGUCAAAGGAGGCUGGCGUUCCACAAUAUCGCUUCAGGAAGAGAGACAAGGUGAUGUUCUACGGCCGAAAGAUCAUGAGAAAGGUUCAGACGCUGUCCUCAGUCCCUACCUCUAAUUCAAACUCAGCUUCCCGGCAGAGAGUGAGGAAGAGGACCAAAGUCCUGUCCAUAGCUCGCAAGAUCCUGCGCAUCCGGAAGGAGCCCCCCACCCUGCAGCCCAAGGAGCUUCCUCCAUGUCUGCUGGAGGCAGACCUGACUGAGUUUGAUGUGCAGAACUCCCAUCUGCCCUCGGAGGUGCUGUACAUGCUGAAAAAUGUCAGGGUGCUUGGCCACUUCGAGAAGCCUCUUUUCCUGGAGCUGUGUCGUCACAUGGUGCUGAUCCAGCUGCAUCAGGGAGAGGGACUCUUCCGACCGGGGGACACUGAUGACAGUAUUUACGUGGUUCAAGAUGGCCGCCUGGAGCUGUGCAUCCGUGAGAGUGAUGGUACCGACGCUGUGGUGAAGGACGUUUUACCAGGAGACAGUGUUCACAGUUUGCUCAGUAUCCUGGACAUCAUCACUGGCUAUCCAGCACCUUACAAAACAGUGUCUGCAAGAGCUGCAGUUGCCUCCACUAUCCUGCGACUCCCAGCUGCAGCCUUCCAAUCAGUCUUUGAGAAAUAUCCUGAAACUAUGGUCCGUGUCAUCCAGAUCAUCAUGGUGCGUCUCCAGAGAGUGACCUUCCUUGCCUUACACAACUACCUUGGCUUGACCACUGAGCUUUUCAACCCGGAAAGCCAAGCCAUCUCUUUGGUGUCGCUGGCCCAUGUUCUGGGUGAGGGUCAUCCACACAGAGGCCACCGCCGUCAGCCUUCCCACUCUGAUGAUCUGGGCUCCGAAAAAAGUGACACAGAAAAGUCCAGCUUCUCGGACAUGUCAACAUCUAAAUACAAGAAAUCUCGCUCGCAAUCCACCCCAAUGGCUGUUACAGGUGACAUGUCAGUGAACCUCAACACAGUGUAUGAACGGGCCAAAGUUGACAAAGAGGACGCUCUGACUCACAAUCCUGUGAAGUCUAUUCUAAAGAAGAGUGUGACAAUGCAGGACACUCCAUCAGCUGUUUACUACUAUAGUGAUGCUGGAGGAGGAAAUGUUCAGCAUAAUAAAGUUAAUGCCAUUUUCCAAGCUGCCAAAAAGGAUCUGCUGCAGGUCCUGCAAAUACAGGACGCCAGUCUGCUGGAGGGGAGGGUGAAUCUUCGGCAGGUCAAAGCCGGUUCUGUUGUGGCCAACCAGGGAGACCAGGAUGUGAGCGUGGCAUUUAUCAUCUCAGGGUUGCUCCAUGUUUACCAGCGUAUGAUAGACCGUGAGGAGGAGACCCUGCUGUUCGUCACCCACCCAGGAGAGUUGGUGGGUCACCUGGCUGUUCUCACGGGGGAGCCCCUUAUCUUCAGUGUCCGGGCUCACAAAGACUGCACCUUCCUCUCCAUAUCCAAGGCCCACUUCUAUGAAAUGAUGCGUGAGGAGCCCAGGGUGGUGUUGAACGUAGCUCACACUGUGGUGAAGAGAGUGUCGCCAUUUGUCAGACAGAUUGACUUCGCCCUGGACUGGAUGGCUGUGGAGGCCGGCCGUGCCGUCUACAGACAGGGAGACAAGUCGGAUAGCACCUUCAUCGUCCUCAGUGGCCGACUGCGCUCUGUCGUCGCACAGGAUGAUGGGAAGAAGGAGCUGGCUGGAGAGUAUGGCCGCGGGGAUCUAAUCGGCGUGGUCGAGGCGCUGACCCACAUGAAUCGAGCCACCACUGUCCACGCUGUCAGAGACUCUGAGCUCGCCAAGCUACCUGAAGGGGCUCUGAACUCCAUCAAGAGGAGGUAUCCUCAGGUUGUCACCCGGCUGAUUCAUCUGCUGGGACAGAAGAUCCUGGGCAACAUGCAGCAGGUCAAUGGGCCUCUGGCUGCUCGUAGUCUGGCUCUCCAGACCCCCACCAGCAAGUGGGAUGCUGGGAAUCCAGCCUCCAACCUGUCCACUGUGUCCAUCCUGCCUGUGUCUGAGGACGUCCCCCUCACUGCCUUCACUCUGGAGCUGCAGCAUGCACUCACUGGCAUCGGCCCCACUCUACUCCUGAACAGUGACUCCAUCAAACAGUGCCUAGGCUCUGCUGCUCUGGACAGUGUCCAUGAGUACCGUCUGUCCAGUUGGCUCGGGCAGCAGGAAGACAUCCAUCGCAUCGUCCUCUACCAGUCUGACUCUAGCCUCACGCCUUGGACCCAGCGCUGCAUCCGCCAGGCUGACUGCAUCAUCAUUGUGGGACUGGGGGAGCAGGAGCCCACUGUGGGAGAGUUGGAGCGAAUGCUGGAGGGCAGUGCAGUCCGUGCUCAGAAGCAGCUGGUGCUGCUGCACAGGGAGGACGGCCCGCCGCCCAAGGGGACGGCCGAGUGGCUCAACAUGCGGAGCUGGAUCUCCAGACACCAUCACCUGUCCUGCCCCCGCAGAGUGUUCUCCCGGAGGAGUUUACCUAAACUGAGAGAGUUGUACCAGCGUGUGUUUGAAAAGAGUGCAGAUCGCCAUUCCGACUUCUCUCGUCUGGCCAGGAUCCUGACAGGAAACAGCAUCGCCCUUGUGCUUGGUGGAGGGGGUGCCAGGGGUUGCUCUCAGGUGGGUAUCCUGCGCGCCCUGAACGAGGCGGGGAUCCCUGUCGACAUGGUGGGUGGCACCUCCAUCGGCUCCUUAAUGGGAGCGCUGUACGCUGAGGAGAAGAGCAACAGUCACAUGAGGGUCCGGGCUCGGGAGUGGGCCAUGGGUAUGACCUCUUUCUUUAAGAAGAUCUUGGAUCUGACCUACCCUGUUACCUCCAUGUUUUCUGGAGCGUCCUUUAACUCCAGCAUUAGCUCCGUCUUCAAGGGCAAACAGAUAGAGGACCUGUGGCUGCCGUACUUCAACAUUACAACAGAUAUCACAGCUUCCUCCAUGAGAGUUCACACUGACGGUUCGCUGUGGCGGUAUGUCCGGGCUAGUAUGUCACUGUCUGGUUACCUGCCACCUCUCUGUGAUCCCAAAGAUGGACACUUACUCAUGGACGGAGGCUACAUCAACAACCUGCCUGCCGAUGUGGCUCGCUCUAUGGGGGCCAAGGUUGUGAUUGCAAUAGAUGUUGGAAGUCGGGACGAAACCAACCUAACCAACUACGGGGACUCGCUGAACGGCUGGUGGCUGCUGUGGAAACGCUUCAACCCUCUGGCUGAGAAAGUCAAGGUCCUGAACAUGGCCGAGAUCCAAACCCGGCUUGCCUAUGUCUGCUGUGUGCGGCAGCUGGAACUGGUCAAAGACAGUGAUUACUGCGAGUACAUCCGGCCGCCCAUCGACCGCUACGGCACACUAGAGUUCGGCAAGUUUGACGAGAUCGCUGAGGUGGGAUACCAGCACGGAAAGACAUUGUUUGAUGUGUGGCAGCGCAGUGGCGUGGUGGACAGCAUGCUCAAGGACAGACAUCAGGAGGAGUUCCACAAGACCAAAACUGGCCAUGUGGUCACCUGUCCGAAUGCCUCCUUCACAGACCUGGCGGAGAUCGUGUCGAGAAUCGAACCUGUCAAGAAUGCCUUAAUCGAUGAGGAACUGUCAGAAGAAUACCAGACAGAUUACGAUGAGGAGGCGGUGGAAAGCGCUCUCUCUGACUUUGAGGCGUUCGCCCACGGCAGUGAACACACUGACACUGCUGAAACAGAUGAGGAAAUUCCAAUCCGAGUUCGACGCCGCCCAAAGAAUUCCUCACAGAGUCUUCGGCCGUGACUGCCUGUCAGGGCUGCUGACCAUCGUCCACAACAAACACAUUUCAAUGCAGUGUUUCUGCAAACCUUUAAGAAAUUCACUCACUCUUUCAAACAUGUAGCUCAUGCUCUUGAGCCAGGCAGCAUGCUCUGUGUCUUUGAGGAAGACACUGAGCAGGACACAAAACUGUUGAUGGAUACAGUGACUUCAACAGAAAGACAUAGUUCUAAUUGAGUGAAGAGCCCCAAUGUGCUUUGUAGAUGUCAGUGGUUUAAACAGUCCAGUAACAACCAGGGUUCCUGUCGUUGAGGAACUCCUAAAAUGUCAUGCAUCUAGGAGACGUGUAUUCCAAACAGGGAAAUAUAUAAUCUGUCUGUUCUCUUGGGGAAGUCAGGGAACAGCAAAGGAUUUUACAAAUCGGUUAUUUUACGGGAACACACUAGAGUUUAUUUUUUUUCACUUGUUUGACACAUUUGUUGACUUGUAUGGCAGUUACUUGCUGUCAUAGUUGUG